ACAGACCCCACCGGCCAGAUUUAUAAUAUCUCCAAAUUCACAAAAUAUCAAAUCUCAGCCAGGAUAUGCAGAAUAUGUUACAUAAAUAAUACAUAGAUAAACAGAAAUAUGUCUAUAUCCUAUGGACCAAAAUAAUAGAGGAUAUCGCUCCACCGAUCUCUCUCCCUCUCCAGUGUAUGGGAAGUAAUAUAAAGGUUUUCUGAUACAAUAUAUUUCACUGGAAUAAAUACAAAAGACAUUCGAUACAUAUACUAUAAAUAAAUAUUCAAAUCUUUCUAACCAGUUGGUUAUAUAGCGUAUAACAAAUAGACACCGGCAUUUAAACGGAAUUAAAUACACAAAGAUAUCUUAUCAAGGAGACCUGGGCGAAAAGAUGGUUCGAAUUGCUCAACUCAGUGGUUUGCUGGUUACAUGCGCACCGAAUUCUCCGGUGCCCCAGUAAAUGGGGAGGGUUUCUGAUUACCCAUCUCGGGUUUCUGGUCGUUGAUAUUUUAAUGCCCACCCCUGGUACUUCGAAGAGAGAGAGAGAAAGAGAUUUGUCGAAGAGCUGAGUGUCACAGUCCAUCAGACGGGACAGGUUGAAACCGAAGCCGAGAAGAUACAUCUUCUUCCAAAGUGAGGCGAGAAAGGUUUUGGAGAUCCACAGAGGACUGUCUACCCGUCCGAGCUGAACGAUAGGAUAGUCUCCUGGGUUGAAAGAUUCCUGGAUUAAGGGCCAAAGUUGACACAACACAAUGAGAGCUGACAACAUCAACCCUCGGACCGGGCUGGUGGUAGCUUUGGUCAGCGUCUUCCUAGUCUUUGGCUUCAUGUUCACCGUGUCCGGUGUCAGAGGAGAGACUCUGGGCAACGUCCCUCUUAUUGCCAUCGGCCCUGCCAUCUUCUUGCCCGGACUAGCUGCCAUACUGCUGGCUAAGAAGACGGACGGCUGUUCCAAAUGGCCCAGAUGCAGGGAUCUCUUCCGCAAAGGAAGCGCCGAGGACCAGCUCUUGGAUGGGCCGAGUGUCGAGGGGAACUUGCAGGACGUGUCCAAGAACUCGACCAGGUCCCACACCCCGGACGUGGAGGGAGGAAGCUUCGCCGUGGACAACAAGAUGAGCGACCAGGAGGCGGCCAGAAAGUACUUGGAGACUUACUACCCGUCCGAUGUUUUCAACUACUGCGCAUUUGCCCGUCUCUGCUCAAACCGGUACAACUCCUUCUACACGAGUGUCUACUCCACCCGGGACAGCGUGGUCUACUCGCCCCGGGACAACGUACCCUACGGGAGGUACUAUUGCUGUUACCCUAGCCCCGGGGAAGCCCCUCACGUCAGACUUUGUUUGGACUACGAGACCAUAGUGUGAGAAAUCAGGGGUUUCUGAACAUGGGGGCGGACAAUUCCGAGGCGCAGCCCCGCUUGUCAAAUAGCAUCUGCGCCCAAACAUGUUCCACUGUUUCGCCUUGGUCCAUGGGUGGUCCUUUCGACGCGCUGAUAACUGGGGGUUUGAGUCAAUUAGAUAUUACAAGGCGUGUACUGUGAAUUAUAACUGAUGUGAAUAUAAUUAUGUCACCCUGAUGGACACUAGGGCAAUCCAGUUGUAAAUGUUGUCAAAUAUCUAUGUCCAACAUGUGUGCCGGCAAGCAUUAGCAGUCUCUUAACCCUUUGCAUUGCUUUCUGAAGCUUUUUAUGCCAAUCAACUAUCUUAUAAUUAAGACAUUUUAAGACUGGCGUGUGUGCGUUUACUUAGGGACUGUUUGCCCGAGGUAUAUUAGGGGAGAUGAUUUGUAAUGUGGCGAUGACUGGGUAAUUCACUGUGAAACGAUCUUGCUGGCAACCUCGAGGUAGCUGGCUGAGGUAGAUGUUAUUACCGCGCUUGUAUGUUAAUCCGUUCACUGUAAUCCAUUCAUUGUAUUAUUUUUCUGGAGACAUCAUCCUGCUCCAGUUAAUGAAAUUGCGGAAGUUUUUACCAAACGUUCUGUUUCUUUUGCUAUCCGAGUAUUCAGUUUUCUGGUCAAUAGGCUGCUUGCCACGAGUGAUAUUAGAUACAUUUCUUCACCCCCCCCCCACUCCCACUCAUCGGUUGUUGUCAAUAGACAAAUACUCCGUUUUACGAUGCGCAGCGAGGCUGCAAUUUAUGAUCACCUAUGACGGAAGGAGAGAAAGACGUGCAUUUUUGUAGCGCCUGUCACAUCCCGCUGGAUAAAUCCCAAAACACUUUACAGCCAAUUAAAGCGUAGUCACCAUUGUUAUGGAGGACUCUGUGUAAUAAAUA